AGAUCCUCCUGAAUCCUUGGUUGCUGAGUAUAGAGUUUCUUCCGGGCCAGGCCUGAGCGCUGUAGCCAAGGGCUGUGCUCUGUACACAGGCCCGGCGAGGUCCCCCUGACCAGGAUGUCGGGCCUGGUGUUGGGACAGCGGGAUGAGCCAGCAGGUCACCGGCUCAGCCAAGAGGAGAUCUUGGGGAGCACUCGGCUGGUGAGCCAAGGGCUAGAGGCCCUACACAGCGAGCACCAGGCCGUGCUACAAAGCCUGUCCCACACCAUUGAGUGUCUGCAGCAGGGAGGCCACGAGGAAGGGCUGGUGCAUGAGAAGGCCCGGCAGCUGCGCCGUUCUAUGGAAAACAUUGAGCUGGGACUGAGUGAGGCCCAGGUGAUGCUGGCCCUCGCCAGCCACCUGAGUACAGUGGAGUCGGAGAAACAGAAGCUGCGGGCUCAGGUGCGGCGGCUGUGCCAGGAGAACCAGUGGCUCCGCGAUGAGCUGGCUGGCACCCAGCAGCGGCUGCAGCGCAGCGAACAGGCUGUGGCCCAGCUGGAGGAGGAAAAGAAGCACCUGGAGUUCCUCGGACAGCUGCGGCAAUACGACGAGGACGGGCAUGCCACGGAGGACAAGGAAGGUGAUACCACCAAGGACUCCUUGGAUGACCUCUUCCCUAACGAGGAGGAGGAAGACCCCAGCAAUGGCUUGUCCCGGGGCCAGGGUGCCGCAGCAGCCCAGCAGGGUGGCUAUGAGAUCCCUGCGCGGCUGAGGACACUGCACAACCUGGUGAUCCAGUACGCAGCCCAGGGGCGCUACGAGGUGGCCGUGCCACUCUGCAAGCAGGCACUUGAGGACCUGGAACGCACAUCUGGCCGCGGCCAUCCUGAUGUCGCUACCAUGCUCAACAUCUUGGCUUUGGUGUAUCGGGACCAAAAUAAGUACAAGGAAGCUGCCCACCUGCUGAAUGAUGCCCUCAGCAUCCGGGAGAGCACGCUGGGCCGGGAUCACCCUGCUGUGGCGGCCACACUCAACAAUCUGGCUGUGCUGUAUGGCAAAAGGGGCAAAUACAAGGAGGCAGAGCCGCUGUGCCAGCGAGCACUGGAGAUUCGAGAGAAGGUCCUGGGCACUGAUCACCCAGAUGUGGCAAAGCAGCUAAACAACCUGGCCCUGUUGUGCCAAAACCAGGGCAAGUAUGAGGCGGUGGAACGCUAUUACCAGCGGGCACUGGCCAUCUAUGAGGGGCAGCUAGGGCCAGACAAUCCGAAUGUAGCUCGGACCAAGAACAAUCUGGCUUCCUGUUACCUGAAGCAGGGCAAGUAUGCCGAGGCAGAGACCCUGUACAAGGACAUCCUGACCCGCGCACACGUGCAGGAGUUCGGGUCUGUGGAUGAUGACCACAAGCCCAUCUGGAUGCACGCGGAGGAGCGGGAGGAAAUGAGCAAGAGCCGGCACCGUGAGGGCCCCGCACCCUAUACUGAAUACGGAGGCUGGUACAAGGCCUGCAAAGUGAGCAGCCCCACAGUGAACACCACUCUGAGAAACCUUGGAGCUCUGUAUAGGCGUCAAGGAAAGCUGGAGGCAGCUGAGACCCUGGAGGAGUGCGCCCUGCGUUCCCGGAAGCAGGGUACUGAUCCAAUCAGCCAGACCAAGGUGGCAGAGUUGCUUGGGGAGGGUGAUGGCAAAAGGACUUCCCAGGAGGGCCCUGGGGACAGCGUGAAAUUUGAGGGAGGUGAAGAGGCUUCCGUGGCUGUGGAGUGGUCAGGGGAUGGCAGUGGAACCCUGCAGAGGAGUGGCUCUCUGGGCAAGAUCAGAGAUGUGCUCCGCAGAAGCAGCGAGCUCCUGGUGCGGAAGCUCCAGGGGACUGAGCCUCGGCCCUCCAGCAGCAACAUGAAACGGGCAGCUUCCUUGAACUACCUGAACCAACCCAGCGCUGCGCCCCUCCAGGUAUCGAGGGGCCUCAGUGCCAGCACUAUGGACCUCUCUUCAAGAAGCUGACAUCUACCUAGUGCCCAGGGCUGCUGGUCCCUCACAGCCCCACAGCAUUCCCCUUGCUCGGACUCCCCACCCCAGGGUGGGACAGUGACCAGAAGCCUGCUGCUGCCUGCAGGGUCUCGGCCCCUCCUCAGGAACCCCAUUAGGAAGGACCCUCAGGACACCCCACCCUGGGUCCUGUAGUAGCUCACUCAGAGGCUUCCACGGUGGGCAAGAUGCAGCCUGCUGCUGGCCUUGCUGCAGGAGGGUUUGUGGCCAGCCAUGGCACCUCCUCUUGGCUUCCCUGUCCCCCACCCCACCCCGCCUUUCCCCCGCCCCUUGGCUGUCUCACUUCAGGUCCACAUAUUUCACAUUUCUUAAAUAAAAGAAUCAGGUAACCUUUA